CCUAUGAUCUAAGAAUCUAGAGCAACGCCCUAGGAAAAAUCGGAGGGCGUGAUUAGAAACAACUAUUCGUUAAAAUAGAUUAACAAACCAAUGGAGAGGAGGAGCAAAAGGGUUUAAUAAACGUCGGACAAGACCACGCGACGCUCUCUCUAACGUUCCAAAGUUCAGUCUUUCGGGCAGUCUCCUUAUACUCGGUCGAGAAUAUAGCGCCAAGAGUGCCGUGUCCUCGCGAAAAAGACUUUGUGACGUACCUUAAGCACUCAAGACUUUAUCGUGAACCGAUUCCUGCCCUCAGUGAAAUUCGCGUUAAGAUUUUAUAGUGCGUUUAGUGUUACAAAGACUGUCCGAACCAAUCAACCUUAUUGUGAACACUGAGGCAGUCAACCUCCACCCGACGAGCUCGAGAGCCAAAAUCUACAGGGUCGAUCACGUUAUUUUAUCAUCGCACUCAACAAGUAAAAAUGGAAGUAAAACCUAUCGAUACGGCACAGUUAACCCGCUCUCGGCUCGAAGUCACCGUAAUAAAGAUGAUAUCCCCCCUACUCUUCUUGGUACAUAUCAACAACAGUAAGAAGAACCUUGAAGAUUUGGAGGAAGAAUUGGAAUUCCGCAUGAGUAGAAAAGCUAAAUACCUGCAUUGUUGGCCGGAGGAUAUCAGAGAAGAUGAGGAUGUGGUAGUAAAAGAGAAUAACACCUGGCGAAGGGGCUGGAUCGACAGUGUAAAUCCAGACAGCAACAUGGUCAAGAUCUGCUUAGGAGAUUAUGGCAGAGAGAUUUGGUGUCCGAAAGGUGAGAUCUACUACCUGGAGGACAGAUUCAAGGAAUUGCCAUGGCAGGUUGUUGCCUGCGGCUUGGCCUACACCGGGUUGAAAGGUCACGCCCAGAUGUGGCCCGACAAAACUAAUGAGUUGUGCCGGAUCCUUGCUGAAGGACACAAAGGAUGGAUUAACAUCGUACAGCCCAUCCGAAGAGGAGCCGCCUUAGUGAAACUGACCGUACAAGGCGAAAAUUACAGUGGGUCAUACAAUCUGCGGGACGUCUUGGUCCAGUUGGGCCACGCACAAGUCAGCAAAAAAGUGACGGUGGAUGUAUUCCCUGCCGUCUAAACAAAAGGGGAAAUCCUUGUACGAGCAAAUUUCACACCCUAGCCCCGACAUACUAAAUAUACAAUAA